UAAGGUCAUAUUUUACGGUUAAAAAAUUUAAAAGUUUAUUUUUGAGUUAUGAUUUCAAUAUUUUAAACAAUAAUUAUUACAUUACAUAGGAAAUAUGGAAGAUUUCGAUGUUUUCACAAAUGAAAUACAAUACUCUGGACCAGCAUACAAGCAAAUACUAAAUAAGUAUAUUAAAGAGAUUCCUUACACCCCUAACGGAAUUAAUUAUGAGUGUGGCAAAAAACUCUUUGCUGAAGAAUGCUUAGCUGACGGUUUAGAAAAGGAGUGUGCCUUCCACUUUAGUGAAUCUGUAUCUUCGUCAGUAAGAACUCUGGCUGUUUAUAGAGAAGAGCAGAUAAAAAAUAGAGGGAAUAAAUUGAGCAAAAUCACUAAAUAUAUAGAACCUGUGAAAAAUGUAAUUGCAUCGAAGACUAUAACUAAAGAUGAAGAGAGCCUGCUGAAAUUAUUACCAAAUGAUUUCGAAGAAAUUACAAAAAAUCUAGACAAGUAUGAAAUUUCUGAUGAACUACCUUUUCAUAAGAGGUAUAUGAGAUUUGGGUCUGAGAAUAAUGUGGAUAAUUUUCUUAAGGUUUUAGGAGAGUUCCCCAAAGAAUGGACAAUAGUACAAUUGACUGCACCCUACAAUCCAAAUGAAAACCUAAAGCCUUUUACUGACUUCAGAACAGAGAUAGGUUCUAUUUAUCUCACUCUAUUGACUAAUAACUAUUUGGAUUAUAUGAAUUUUGGUCCAAUUACUGUGGAAGUACAGGCCAAUGUUACAAAGGUAGGGGAAAAGCCACUGUUUGAAGAGCUGUAUUCAUUGCUGACUGAAAACUAUAACACGAUUGAGAAGGCAGAGUUCUUGAACAAGAAAUCACUGAUAAAGAACUACUGGAGUAGACGCGAGGACAUCGACCUAAGGAUGAAAAGUGUAAUAAACGUGAUGUACAAGGAAUGGCUUGGUGGAUGGUCAAGCCUUUUAACGGGAAAGUUAGCAGACGCAGUACUAAGAGAUAAAGUGAUAAAACAUGUUGAUACUGUCAUAUCGGAUUGGGGGAUCAUAAGGCUAACAUCAAAACAAAAAAUACUCCUCUAUAACCUGCUAGAAAACAGUAUAUCCCUGUCUUCACAACAAAUCAAAUCAUGCAUUAGGAUGAUUCUAACGCAACAAGGUAACCCUGAUGAAGUUAGACAAGUUUUGACCACCUGCGAAAGCUGCAGUAGAGAGUUUAGACAUUUGAACGAAUUGUGUUUCAAUUGUUUGUCUGAUUGCUUCGAGAAAAUCCACCACUUCUCUAUAUUGGAUGGAAUAAGAGCAUUCUCUGAAGCGGCAAACCAGAUAAAGGAUGGCGACGAAUGGGCGGCGUUGAAGAAGGCGAAACGACAUCCUGUUAUUCUUAUUGUGGAUGAGAUGUUAGAUACAUUUCCGUGGGAAACUCUGCCCAUAUUGACACAGCAGCCCGUGUCGCGUAUAGAGAACGUCCACUUCUUGUACAGCCUGUACAAGGAGCAUCAGGACAGAAUCGUCGACGGAUACUUUGCUGCCGAGUGCAAUGUCGGCCGAUAUGUUAUAAAUCCGGAAAAGGACCUGGAGCGUAUGGAGCUGCGGAUGAGCUCGUUCUUGAAGUACUGGUGCGAGUCGUGGAGCGGUCACAUUGGCGAGCCGCCCACGCCCGAGGAGUUCCUGGAUUAUCUCUCUUCUUCCGAUAUAUUCCUAUACUGUGGCCACGGGGACGGAUGUCACUUCGCGAAGAGUGCGGCGAACGGCGCCGGGGUGGAGGGUGCUUCAGGGUCGCGCACCGCAGCCCUGCUGUCAGGCUGUGGCUCCGUGCGCCUCGGCCGCGCGCCAGGCAGGGCGCCGCCCUCGGGGACGCACCACCACUUGCACAUCGCCUCUUGUCCAAUAGUAAUUGGCAUGCUCUGGGAAGUGACUGACUUGGAAGUGGAUAAGGUAGUGAGCACACUGCUGUCCCUCUACGUGCCAUCUGAUGCAUCCGUGGAUUGGAAGAAUGUUGGGAAGGCGAAAUGGAGUCAGGGACUAAUUGACACGAAUGUGGAACAGAAGGGUCAGUUCAGCUCGGAGCGCGACCUGCUGCUGGCCGUGAGCCGCGCGCGCGCCGCUACCAACUUCACGAUGAUCGCCAGCAGCCUGGUGGCGCGCGGCCUUCCCAUCAGGAUACGUGACUAGUAAACUAUAUGAGACUGAUUCUACAAAAAGUGUAAAUAAAAAAACAUUGCAAAUUUAUUUGAACUGUUUAUUAAAAUUAAGUUACAAUAAACAGUAAAUCUAU